AUGGAUAUAGAAGGGCGGAACGGUGUUGAAGAGGACGAAAUCGACGAGAUGCCGCGUUCAAGGCCCAAGCGUGCGACGAUCGGCGCCCUCCUCGCGUUAUUGUUGCUCGUCAAUCUCUCGACCAGUCUCUAUCAGUUGCCGUUGAAUCGCGUCAUUGAGCGACGCCUAUGUCGCGAAUACUACAAUGAGAACGAGCCGUCCGGUAUUUUGCCUGGGGGCGAGAUCCCCGAGGACCUCUGCAAGAUCAAUCAGGUGCAACAGGGACUUGCGUGGAUACAGGGCGCCAUGGAUACUGCCUGGAUUGUUGGUGACUUUGUCAUGACCAUCCCAUUGGGCUUCGUCGCCGAGAAAUAUGGCCAACGGACCGUGUUAUGGAUGAAUUUGAUUCCUCGCGUCUUCAUGCUGGGCUGGGCGGUGAUUGUGGGACAUUUUGAGCACGCUCUGCCGCCACGUGCCAUCAUUGCCGGUCCCUUCCUGUCGGCUCUGGGCGGUGAUUGUGUCUUUAAUUCAAUGACAUAUGCCCUAGCUGCCAGCAUCACAGACGAUUAUGUUCUUCGUGCCACCUAUUUUGGCUGGAUGAGCUCCAUAUCGUAUGUCGUCGCUCUGUUGGGCCCAGCUCUGGCAUCGGCUUCAAUGUCGAUUCUGCUUUGGUUGCCUUUCUUCGUGGGCAUCACAUUACUGUUACUGGCUGUACCCACCAUAUCACUGCUUCCAGAUCAUCCCGAAGGAGAAUUCACUGGCCUUUCCCAUCAGGCUCAAGAUGAGCAAUCUAGACCACUGAUCUCUUCCCCACUGCUGAAAGCUCAGGAUGCAGAUACUUCAGCAUUCACUGCCAUUAGCAAACGUUGCGAAACACUCAGAGCCAUGCUGGCCAGUCAUACCAGGAACUUACUAUUAUUGUUCAUCUCAUUCUUCCUUACCUCAUUGGCAAGCUCUGAUACCAAGCUUUUACCCCAAUACAUCUCGAAGCGCUACCAUUGGACAUUUGCCUCAGCGGGCUAUCUCCUGUCGGGGAAGGCCGUCAUGAACUUUGUCCUUCUGACUAUCGUUGUUCCGUCACUUCUGCGAAAUAGACAUUCAUUGAGCACUGGGCAAUCAUCUUCGGGACGAACCGAUCGAGCCAAUAUUCGAUACGCUCUGAUUUGUCUUGCUGUCUCCAUCAUAGGUGCAUUUUCAAUAGGCCUCGCAGCCGAGAUCUGGAUUCUAGUCCCGGCAUUGCUCGUCUAUGCUCUGGGUUCUGCGCUGCCGGUGUUUACAUUGUCGCUGCUGAAAUCGCCAGCCAUACAACCGGAACGCGGCAUUCAACUACAGGAUAAAGACACUGAAACUCACAUGUUUGCUCUCGUCAUGAUGGUCAAGACUUUGGGGUCGCUUGUAGGGGCUCCACUAAUGGCAAUCCUUUGGGUCAGAGGCAUCUCGCUCGGAGGUGCCGCAUUGGGCGUUCCCUAUUUCACAAGCUCAGCAUGUUAUGUGCUGGCUGCUCUGGUCAUUUCAAGGAUCCGGACAUGA